CUAAGAAUGGCACUGAGCGAGAAUGGCCGAACCCAGCCGGCUAAAGAGCAGGGUUCGCUCCAGUCUGACGUUGUUGAACUGAAUGUGGGAGGACAGGUGUACUAUACUCGCUUUGGUACUUUAACAAGCAUCCCGAAUUCUUUACUCGGACAAUUGUUCUCUAACAAGAAAGGUUCAUCGAAUGACAUUGCAAGGGACCUUAAAGGACGAUACUUCAUCGACAGAGAUGGUUUUCUGUUUCGAUAUGUUUUGGAUUACCUUCGAGAUAAACAAGUCGUUCUUCCCGAUCACUUCCCUGAGAGAGGACGGCUGAGAAGAGAGGCGGAAUACUUUCAGCUGCCCGAUUUGGUCAAACUUUUGACCUCCGAUGAAUCUAAACAUUUUCCUGAUGAUUACAGUGAUUUCGAUGACAACAGUGACCAGAUAUUUUCUCCGUAUGCCCUGGACCAUAGGUACGGCUAUAUAACAGUCAGGUUCAAAGGACAUUGUAACACGGGUAGAGAAAUUCAGACUGAUUUCGAAGUCAAGAAAGUUCCAAGAAUCUUUAUUAGCGGCAGGGUUGGUUUGGCUAAAGAAGUGUUUGGAGACACGCUGAAUCAGGGCCAUGACGUGGACAGGCCACCGGACCGAUAUUCCUCUCGGUCCUACCUCAGAUUCCGGCACAUGGAAAGAGCGUUUGACAUGCUCUCAGAAAACGGUUUCCACUUCGUUGCCUGCUGCUCCUCUCUGACGUCGUCCUCUCUCAGUCAUUACACAGACGAAAAGGUCUGGUCCAACUGUACGCAGUAUGUCUUCUACCGCGGGCCUGCCAGAUGGUCGUCCUCACACUGCGACAGCUGCAGCCGGGGCCGUGAGCGAGAGAGCGGCACUUCUGUUAACGAGCUGUCUACUUCCUGCUCUGAGACCCAAUCAGAGGCCAGCUCUCCUCAGGGGACGGUGAUCUACCGGCCCCCAGUCAGUGCUCACAUGCUGGAACGGACAGGCCCCGCCCACAUGCUGGACCGGACAGGCCCCGCCCACAUGCUGGACCGGACAGGCCCCGCCUACACGCUGGACCGGACAGGCCCCACCCACACGCUGGACCGGACAGGCCCCGCCCACAUACUGGACCGGACAGGCCCGACCCACACGCUGGACCGGACAGGCCCUGCCCACGUGGCCUCGCAGGUGGAGCUCAUGCGGCGCCAGACGGACUUACUCCGUGUGCGCACCAUGGGUCUCCGCCAGCGGGAGCCUGCCAAGAGGAGAGGGAAGGACAAGCUGACGCGCGAGCAGGAAAUGGAGAAGUGCAUCCAGGACUUCCACAGGAUACGCAUCCCGGAGCACUUCCCAGAGCGGAAGCACAUGUGGCAGUCUGAGCUGCUGAUGAAGUACAGACUCUGAAGGAGGCAGCGGGGGGUGGAGUAUUUAGAUCCUGGUAGAGAGACAGAGAAAAGGUGUACAGAGAGAAUGAAAGAGAGGGAAAGGAGUAUGAGGUGAGUGUGGGCCCAUGCCGUUGCAUGCAGGGUGACUAGUUACUGCACUGACUGCACAUAGGUCAGCUCCUCUACAUGCUGGAUAGAGUGAUGAACAGCCUGCAGAACAGAACAUUAAUGGCGUCAUGGUUAGUUGGCCGAGCUAAAGGCUCUCUAAACCUAACCCUGAUCCACCCCUGUGCUUGUUGUUGGACGACUGUCAUCCCGUCUUCAGGCUUGGUUGAAGACUAAUACACUUCUACACUCCCUGAUAAAUGUAAAUGUAGUCAUUUAGCAGACACUCUUAUUUACAUUUAGU